ACUGGUCCCUGGCAGGAUGGAGUUGGGGCUCAGCUUGGGGGAGACCAUGGCGGAUUCCGGGAGCGACCUCGUGCUUGGGCUUGGGAUGGGGGUCGGGGUGCGGAGGGAGGAGGAAACGCAGAGAGGGAGGAGGGAUAGGGAGGCGAGGAGGGAGCUUGAGUUUGAGACGGGGAGGUGCGCCCGGCCGUCGCCGGAGCCGGCGGUGCGACUCACGCUCCUGCCAGGCCUGGUGCCUAGCCUUGGCCUCCCGUGGCCGCUGUCGUCCGAGACCAAUCGUGAGGUGUCGACGCGUGGCUUCGACGACGUGAACCGGGCGCUGUCCGUGGCCGGUGCUGGCGCGGAGGAGGACGAGGCGGCCGUGGCCGCAGCCACGGCGGCAGCAUCCUCGUCGCCUAAUAACAGCUCGGGCUCCUUCGCGAUGGACAUCUCCGCGCAGGGCCAGGGCCAGGGCCAGGACCAGGCGGCGCCCGCCGCCGACCGCGCGUGCUCGCGCGCCAGCGACGAGGACGACGGCGGCUCGGCGCGCAAGAAGCUGCGCCUCUCCAAGGAACAGUCCGCGUUCCUGGAGGAGAGCUUCAAGGUGCGCGCCACGCCGAACCCGAAGCAGAAGCUGGCGCUGGCGAGGCAGCUCAACCUGCGGGCGCGCCAGGUGGAGGUGUGGUUCCAGAACCGCAGGGCCAGGACGAAGCUGAAGCAGACGGAGGUGGACUGCGAGCACCUGAAGCGCUGCUGCGAGACGCUGACGGGGGAGAACCGGCGGCUGCACAAGGAGCUAGCCGAGCUCCGCGCGCUCAAGGCGGUGCGCCCCUUGUUGCACAUGCACCUCCCGGCCACCACCCUCUCCAUGUGCCCCUCCUGCGAGCGCGUCGCCUCCACCAGCUCCGCGGCCCCCGCCGCGCCGGCGCCAGCGUCGCCCUCACCUGCUGCUGGUGCUGGCAUUGCGGCGUCGGCCCCGGACCCGGAUCAGAGGCCCUCGUCGUCGUUCGCGGCGUGAGGCCCUCUCUGCUUUACCUCCGGCGGCGCGAAUGAAGGAGGAUAUGGCUGUAAAUACGAUCAACUUUUUUUUUUCUUCUUCCUUGUUUUUUUCACUUCAUGCGGUUCUUGGGUUUUUUUGGACUGCCGAUGGAUCCGAGGGUGUAGCGCGUCGUCUGGCCGUGUCGGAUUGGACUGGGACGGCCAGGGUGCAGAAAGAAUCAGAGGUGCCGCAAUAGAGUUCAUUCAUUAACCUCA